AUGGAAAACAUAUACCCUUUUUACCCUGUGAUUGAGAAAGAAGAUUUGUGGAAAUCACCACUACUAUUACUAAACGCCAUGUUUUUGGUAGCCACCAGGUGUCGACCAGGGGAUGUACGAGAACGAUGUCAAGAAUUGUUUGAAAGGUGCAAAUUAUUAGAACUUUUAGAGAAUAAUAAAAUAGUGUUGUUACAAUCGUACUUACUAAUGUCCAUCCAUGAAGAAGGGAUAAAUGGAAGCUCGUUAUCCAAAGAAUACAUUGUUCGAGCCUGUAAUUUGUGUGGGGAUGUGGGAUUGACUACAUUAUCUGGAUCCAAUGGUACAGUUCAAGACACCCAACAUCGAGUAUACAAAAAAAUGUACUAUGGCAAAUCACUAUUGAACAGAUUGUUCUGGAUUUCAUAUUGUUGUGAUCGUCUAAGUGCAGCUACCCAUGGAAGAGAAAUUUAUUUCAACAUGAACGAUGUUCUAGUUGAUGAAGUAUCAGGUGAAUUCCAACACCUUCAAAAUUUUGUUUCAUUGGCGAGAUUAGUUGAACGAACACUUUGGGCUCGUUAUCGUCCUGUUCAUGGAAGAAGCAUUGAUGAGCACUUACAGGAUGAUCUAUUGCAAUGGAAACCAAUAGGUGAGAUUGCUCACCCGUGGCUUGAUUUGGUCCACUGUUAUACAUCAAUGUUGUACUUGAGAUGCAAAGUAGAUCCCGUUGCUUCGGAUCAAGAAGUAUAUAAUCUAAUUCAUGAGUAUGCUAAGCGUGUACUACUGAUUGAUGAAUUGUGGUUUCAACUUUUCAUUGUUGGUGUUCAUGCUCUAUUACAUAUAAGAUCUUUACUGUCGUUACUCGCGAACGAUUCUGGUAGUGACGAAGAAAUGAAGAAAACUGUUAUUCAAAGAUUGAAAAAUCUCAAAGGUAAAUGGUGGUUAGCAGCAGCUGGUUUGAAGAUGUUUGUUGAUCAGAGUACUUAA